AUGGCGUUCCGCAUCAUGCCUCUGAUAGUCACGGCGGGCGCAUCACCUAUUCGAAUUGUUGCAUCCAUUUCUUAUGAAUGCCUGGUGGUGAACCUGGCCCUCGUGAUAUACCAUGCUCUGGACUACACACACGCGGAGGACGAGGAGAGGCUCAUCUCGCCCGACCUCGAGGGGCUCAUCACCGAGAUGACGUCAUGUGAUCUAGUUGAUGACGAUGAAGAAUGCGGCGCGCUGUCCGAGGGCUCGGAGACGUCUGAAGGCGGACGCGCCGACACCGACGACGAGGGUAUAGAACGGGACUCGGAGCCGGCUCCCAGGAGACGCAGACGACGAAGACGGUUCAUGCUCAAAGAUGUUAUAGAGAGAUGCGUUUGGCAUUGCGGAGGCGGCGGUCGUUGCGCCCGGGACGCUGCGGCGGCUCACUACCGCGCCGUGUGCCGGGCUCUGGUCGCGGAGGCCCUCGAACUGGCCUCGUUCCUUGCCAGGGUCAGGGUCGGAGGCGCGAGAGACAUGGGCGCCGCCGAAGACUCCGCCACGCAUCUCGACACGCUGCAAUUCUCUGAUUGGUCAAACCGAAGGAUAUGGAGAGCUUUGCAAGCAAGAUUUUGGAUGCAAGUUAUCGGCGAACUCCGAAUGGGCGUUAAAUUAAAGAAAGUGAAUUAUUCAAGAACGCCAAUUGAAUAUGAAUUGACACCGUACGAGAUCCUUAUGGACGACAUCAGAUCGAGAAGAUAUACGUUGAGGAAAGUCGAUGGAGCGAUACCACAGAGUGUGAAGAAGGACGCCCACGCUAUGAUUCUCGAAUUCAUUAGAAGUAGACCUCCGCUGAAAAAGGCAUCCGAACGUAAAUUACCCCCACCGAAACGAGAGGCAACGCCCAGGGAGAAACUCCUCGCUUCCAUCCAGGUCGGCAGGCGACUGAGACCGACACCAUACUCCAACAGGCUAUCACGAAUCGCAAAAAUACUAUUCCACCAAGGAGGUUAA